AUGGGUAGGAGGGAGAAAUCAGUUGCCGUAUUUGAUGACGAAAUUGAAGUAACGAAUAAAGACCAGCUUGACUUUGAUGAUAUUAAUGAUGUCAUACUUUUUAAAUUUUUAUUGCAGUUCCGUUACGCAAAACCGACGGAAGUUAUAAUGUUUGCCUUUGGAAUUUUAUGCAGUGCUGGACUGGGCUCUCUGUUUCCACUGAGCAUGGCCCUUUUCGCUGAUAUGGUCGACAAACUUAUAAGGAAUUUUUUCAAGGCUGCAGAUCUGAUUGAGGAGCAAAUCCCACUUUUUGUGUACCUGGCAAUAUCAUCACUUGUUCUUGGUUUUGUGCAAAUGUACUUCUUAACACUGUCUUCCAAAAGGCAAGCAAGGCGUAUUCGUCUUCUUUUCUUCAAUAGUCUCAUUCGUCAGGAUGCUGGGUGGAUGGACUCUAAAGCCUCAGGAAGUCUUAUCAGUCUUCUGUCGAGCAGUGUACCCGAAAUUCAAGGUGGCAUUGGGAAUCGUGUGGGUAGCUUUGUUCGAGACACCGUCCUCUUUGUCGGCUGCAUCAUUAUGGCUUACGUGAAGGGUUGGAAGCUUGCUCUUGUAGCUUCUGCCUCCCUACCUCUCAUUGGUGUUUCCUUUGCCUUUCUCGCAUUUACUCUCAAGUAUUUUAACACGAAGGAGAUUCAAGCCUACAGUCAAGCUGGUGGUAUCGCUGGUGAAGUUCUCGCCUCAAUCCGAACUGUUUUCGCUUACGGUGGUCAAAAAAAAACCUACGAACGCUACGCUAACGAAUUAUAUAAGGCUGAACGAACUGGAAUUCGCAAAGGCAUGGCUAUCGGUGCUGGGAAUGGUUUCGUCAGUCUGUCGAUUUUCUCGGCUGCUGCUCUCUCUCUGUGGUACGGAAUCACUCUGGUCCGCACGGAGCGUUUUAGCAACGGUACCGUUAUUCUAGUUGUUGUGAGUAUUAUCAUCUCUAGCAUUGCCAUUGGUAAGGCGCUGCCCGAAAUUGAGGCCCUUGCAAGAGCGGUAACGGCCGCCAAAAAAGUCUACGCUAUUAUCAAUCGCGUACCUCCUAUUGAUAUUGAAAAGAUUGGGGAGGUGAUACCGAAAUUCCAAGGGAAGAUUGAAUUCAAAAAUGUCAAUUUUAGUUAUCCUAGUCGACCUGAUGUACCAAUAUUAAAGAAUUUUAACUUGACAGUUGAACCAGGAAAGAAGGUUGCAAUAGUGGGUUUCAGUGGCUCUGGAAAAAGUACAGCGAUUCAUCUUAUACAACGACUCUACGACCCUCAGAAUGGUGAAAUCUACAUUGAUGGAAAAAAUAUUCGAGAUCUCGAUGUUGGGUGGCUUCGAAUGCAACUGGGAACUGUCUCUCAGGAAGCAACACUGUUCACAGGCACAAUUUUUGAAAACAUUCGUAUGGGAGACCUAGAAGCCACCAUGGAUGACGUUAUAGAGGCUGCUCAGCUGGCUGAGGCCUCUGAAUUUAUUAAGAGGCUGCCAGACGGCUUUGAUACAUGGCUGAAUGAGGGAGGAGCUAAGCUGUCGGGUGGCCAAAGACAAAGAAUCGCAAUCGCCAGAGCGUUGAUUCGACGUCCAAAGGUUCUUCUGCUGGAUGAAGCCACUUCUGCUUUGGAUACGCGGACAGAAAAGUCGGUUCAGCGAGCACUGGAUCAGGCAGGUGCUGGUCGGACGGUCCUCAUGGUGGCUCAUCGACUCACCACGGUGCGAGAAGCU